GAAUAAUCGUUCACCACCGACUGACUCUCGGCCUCUGUCGCCGCCGUCCUCGUUGGCGCUACAGCCAUGGGCCGCGGAUUCAGCUUGAGCCACCAGAAGGUGGCCCUCGAGGUCGCCGUCUCUGGUCCGACGAUUGCCUCGGGCUACACGGAGCUCACCAUCACGCCCACGGUUGCCAACUUGAAGACGAUCCACCUCAAUUCGCGCCAGACAGAGAUCCACCGGGUCGUGUGCGCAGGGCGGGAGGCAGACUUCUCCAUCGUCGACCAUCUGUCCAGUGCGACGCUGUCGAACCCAAGGGACGUGCACUCGUACCCGGACCUCAAGCGCAAGCUGUUUGCCGCGACGAGCGACGGCAGCGGGGGCGAGCUCAGCAUCCUGCUGCCGCCGGAUGUGCACAUCAGCCAGCAGGCGGGCAGCGACGACUUUGCGCCCAUCGUCGUGCGCAUCUACUACUCCAUCCGCAGCCCUGCCCGCGAGGCCAUCCAGGUCGUGCUGCCAACCGAAGAGGCGCCCCAUCGGACCCGGCACAUGUUCACCUCGCCCACCUGCGCCGACUUUGCGCGGUGCUGGGUGCCCUGCGUGGACAGCCUCUGGGAGCGCUGCACCUGGGAGCUCCAGUUUGUCAUUGCCAAGCGCUGGGUCGACGAGGAGCAGGACAACGUCGUCGUCGGCUCGGGCGAGCUCGUCGAGCAGGUGGCCCACCCGCACAACUCGGCCAAAACCAUCUUUUACUUUACCCAGCCCGUGGCCACGUCGGUGCAGCACAUUGCCUUUGCUGCUGGCCCCUUUAGCCUGUACAAGGUGCCCCGCGUUGGCUCGGGCCCAGGCUCAGCAGCGGCGGCGGCGGCGAUGACGAUGACGAUGGCAGCAGCCGCAGAAGAGCAGGAGCAGGAGCAGGUCACGACGGCCUUUUGCCUGCCGGGCCGCGAGGAGGAGCUGAGGAACAGCGUGGGGGUGCUGCCGCAGGCCAUCGACUACUUCAGCAAGGACUUUGGCUCUUACCCUUUCGCCUCGUUCAACGUCGUCUUUGUCGACGACGGCCUCCAGGACACGCAUAUAGCCUCGACGCUGGCCCUCUUUUCCGCCGCGCUCCUCUACCCCAGCACCGUCAUCGACCAGGCGUUUGAGACGCGGCAGCUGCUCAGCCACGCCGCUGCGUUCCAGUGGAUCGGCAUCAACAUCGUCCAGCGCUCCUGGGCCGACACCUGGCUCGUCCACGGCCUCAGCCUCUACAUCACCGGUCUCUUUAUGCGGCGACUGCUGGGCAACAACGAGUACCGGUUCCGGCUCAAAAAGGACUGCGACCGGCUGUGUGCAUGCGACGUGGGCAUGCCCCCGCUCUACCAGCUCGGCACCUCGGAGCCGCCCGACGAGUCGAUGCUGGCCUUUGUCAACCUCAAGGCGCCCCUCGUCCUCUACAUCCUUGACCGCCGGCUGUGCAAGGCGGGUGCCUCGCUGGGAUUGGGCCGUGUGAUCCCCAAGGUGUUUCUGCAGGCCAUCACGGGCGAGCUCGUCAACGGCGCGCUGAGCACGGGCAGCUUCCUGCGCACCUGCCGCAAGGUGAGCGGCAUCGAGCUGCGCACGUUUGCCGACCAGUGGAUCUUUGGCAGCGGCUGCCCGCGCUUCUACUGCUCGGCCUCGUUCAACAAGAAGAAGCUCCUCAUCGAGUUCCACAUCAGCCAGGAGUCGCCCUCGUUUCAGUUUGCCGCCAGCCGGCCUGCUGAGGCUGCGGGCUGCAACGCCGUGCAGACGUUCGAGGGCCAGAUGACGGUGCGCAUCCACGAGCCCGACGGGACGCCGUACGAGCACGUGUUUGACCUCAAUGCGCCCUCGAAGCGCUUCGAGGUGCCGUUCAACACCAAGUACAAGCGCAUCCGUCGCAACACGAAGCGCUUCAAGACCCGACAGGCCCUUGCUGCCGCUGCCGCCGAGGGCGACGAGGGCGCGGCCGAGGACAUGACCAUCAUGGACCUCGGCUUUGGGCUCGGCAUGUGGGAGGACGAGGAGCAGCGCGAGAAGUGGAAGGUGGCCGACUGGACGGCGCGCGACGAGGAGAUCAUGUCGUCGGCGCCGCUCGAGUGGAUCCGGCUCGACGCCGACUUUGAGUGGAUCGCCACCAUCUACUUUGACCAGCCCGACUUCAUGUGGGUCUCGCAGCUCCAGCGCGACCGUGACGUCGUCGCCCAGGUGGCUGCCGUCGAGGCGCUGGCCAAGAUCCCCAGCGCGAUUGCGUCGUCGAUGCUCACCCGCACCGUGCUCGUCAGCAAGUACUUUUUCCGCGUCCGCAUCGCCGCCAUCGACGCCCUCGUCGGCUGUGCCCUCGCCCCGCUCGACUACCUCGGCCUCUUCCACCUGCUCAUGCUCUUUCGCACGCGCUACUGCCACGAGCUGUCUCCGGGCGGUGCUAGCUCGAGCAACAACAGCAGCAACAAUGCAGACGGCUCCAGCGGGAACAACACCAUCGACAUGGACUGCAUCCCGCGCGCCAACAACUUUGCCGACUUCUCCGACUACUUUCUCAAGCGCGCCCUCAUCCACGCCAUCGCGCGCGUGCGCAACCAGCGCGGGCGCACGCUGCCCCAGGUCAAGCGCUUCCUCAUCAACCUGCUCCGCUACAACGACAACUCGACAAACAAGUUUGGCGACGACGUCUACGUGGCCGGCCUCAUCGAGUCCCUCGCCCAGGCCCUCGUGCCCCUCGACUCGGUCGCCCACGGUGGCUUUGUGCCCGCGGCCGAGGACCCGGAUGCAGCCGACGACGAGGCGCUGCUCCUCGCUGCACGCCAGCAGGUCGACCGGUUCCAGGGCCUCGAUCGGCUGGUGCCCUCGUACCACAACGUCGUCACGCUCAGCUGCCUCGACUUCCAGGGCAGCCUGAUGCUGUCGAACAUGCUCGCCGUCGACCUGCCCCUCUUUCUCGGCUACACGCGCCAGGGCAACUUCCACCCCGUCCGCGUCGCCGCCUUCGACUACCUCGUCCUCCUCCGCGGCCUCCAGCACAAGGUCCUCACCCGCUACAUCUUUGCCGUCCUGCAGACCGACGAGAGCCGGGCCGUCAAGCGCCACGUCGCGCGCGCUGUAUGCGAGGCCCUUGCCGUGUCCGUCGCCCUGGGCGAGUUUGGCGGUGGCGCUGGCGGUGGCGGUGCUUCGGCCGAGUCCCAGGUCGACGCCAUGCUGCGCGCCAUUCGCAAGGAGGUCGGCCGCUCGGCUGCUGUCCGCGAGGGCUUCAUGGCCGCCCUGCUCUCACCGCGUGUCGACGCGCAGCAGCGGUGGGCCCUGCUCAAGCUCGGCGAUUUGCUCUUUCGCCCUGCCGAAGAGACCGAGAUUCCGUACCAGCCCAAGGUGUCGGUACGCGUGCGCAUGCCCAGCCAGGCUGCCGUCGGGACUGCCACCACCACCACCGUCGAGGGAGCAGCACCAGCACCGACGAAGAUCCGGCUGGUGCGCCCCUCUGUCGACGAGACGGCCGCUGCUCGCUCCGUCGCCUUUGUCGACGAGUCGGCCAAUGGGGCAGUGGGCGAGCCAGCAGCAGCUACGUCCAAGACGGUAACGCCACCCAAGAAGAAGUCCAAGUCAGCCGCGGCAGCUGCUGCUGCUGCUGCCGCCGCCAAGCCCGGCCAGGCGUCGGGCAUGUCGACGACGGACCUGACGGCGUGCCGAAACUGCCUGAAGCGGCUGCUGGCGAGCCGGCAUGCGCACCUGUUCCGCAACCCCGUCGACCCCGUGCGCGACAAGGCGCCCGACUACUUUCGCGUCAUCUCCAGCCCCAUGGACCUGUCGUCGAUGAGCAACAAGCUCGACGCGGGCCUCUACCGCGACCGGUUCGAGUUCAAGGCCGACUUUGAGCUGCUGGUCAGCAACGCAAAGACGUACACGCCCGACACCAAGGCCUACGUGCACCAGGCUGCCGUGCAGCUCGAGCGCGACUUUAAUGCGCAGUGGACCCGCAUCACAAAGACGCUCGAGCAGACGGCCGCGCGCCAGCAGGCCGGCGCUGCUCCUGCCGCGGCGGCUUCAGCGGCAGAGCAGGCGUCGCCCAAGGCACCGGCAAAGGCAGCGCCGACAGCCACGGCAGCAAGCCCAGUAGUGCCGGUCGCGACGCCCGCCACACCGGCAGCAAAGACGGCCGAGGACAAGGCCAGGCCGGCAGCAGCACCACCGUCGACGGGACUCGGCGGCAUCAAGAUCAAGCUCAAGCGCAAGGACAAGCCCCAGGACGAGAGUCCGGCGCCGCCCGCCAAGAAGCCUGCGCCGAGCCCUGCCUCACCGUCGCCCAAGCCACCGACGCCCAAGUCGGUGGCGAGCAAAGCUGCUGCGACGAGCAAGCUGGCAGCAGGCAAGCCGGCGACGGCGACGGCGGCCUCGCCCAAGGCCACGCCCGCGCCGCCAUCGUCAUCAUCAUCAUCGACACCUGCGCCCGCUGCUGCCGCUGCCGCUGCCGCUGCCGCUGCCACGCCCAUCCCCGACGACCAGGACCCCGUGGCAGCAGCCAGGGGCAGGCCCAUCCACGCCAAGCGGUGCAAGGGCGUGCUGGCAGCGCUGCGCAAGCUGCCCCAGGCCGCCAUCUUCCUCAAGCCCGUCGACCCGAUCCUCGACGGCGCACCCACGUACUACGACGAGAUCAAGGCGCCCAUGGACCUGGCGACGAUGGAGACGAAGCUCCAGGCGGGCAGCUACAAGACGAUGGCCGACUUUGCCGCCGACGUGCUCCUCAUCGUCGCCAAUUGCCGCCAGUACAACCCGCCGACGACGAUGCCGCGCGACAUGGCCGACGCCUUUGGGGCUGCCUUUCGCCGCGAGUGGGCCGCCGCCCUCGUGCGCCGGCUCGACUACCACGAGCAGCGCGCGCUCCAGGGCCUCGUCGGCCGCCUCAAGUCCAACCAGUAUGCGGGACUGUUCCUCGAAGCCGUCGACCCCGUCAAGCUGGGCAUUCCCACCUACUUUGACGUCGUCCGGCCCGAGGAUGCGCGCGACCUGAGCCUCAUCGAGGCCAAGGUCAAGUCGUCGGCGUACGACAGCCUCGAGGCCUUUGACGCCGACGUGCGCCUCAUGCUCGACAACUGCUACCGCUUCAAUGCCGCCGACGAGGGCGUGACGGCCUGGGCAAAGAACUUUGAAAAGGCCUAUGGGCGCGAGUGGAAGGACCUCAAGGCCAAGUUUGGCCUCGGGCCCGAGGGGGCGGCUGCGACUGCUGCGGGUGCGAGCAGCAAGAAGAAGAAGUAGAAGCGGAACUAGCCGUGAUCAUAUGUACUCUAAGAACACCGCACGCUUUCUUUCAACGCACGUUUUAUCUAGAACAACGCACGCUUGAGUUCUGACGCUUGAAGAAGACGCUUGAAGGAGACGCUGGAAAGAGACGCUGGAAGGAGACG